UUACUCAUGCAGCAGGAAAACAAGACUUACUACAAGAACAAUGGUGGCAUCAGCAACAAAAUUACCAAGGUGGCACCAACGGGCAACUGAAAGGCAUUGUGCCAGUAAUAAUAGUAACAGGAAUCGUUUAA